AUGGACAUUGAUCAAGCCAACUUCAGGAGGCACUUGCUAUCUAUCUUGAAACACAUCGCCAGUGCCAACUUCAUCACCUUCGACCUUGAGAUGAGCGGCAUUACUACUAGACCCAAGUAUAGCAUGGGCGACCGAUCUCAUGAUAUCAACAAACCCACCCUCCAACAACAGUACGAUGAGAUGAGAAGCGCUGCCGAAACGUUCCAGGUCCUCCAAAUAGGCAUCACUUGCGUCGAGGAAGAUCAUGAACGAGAGUACUACCUAGCUCGUCCUUAUAACUUCAACUUGAGCCCCCUCUCUGCGGCCGGCGUCGACCUUAAGCUUGACCGCAAACUCACGUUCUCUAGCAGUUCAUGUGACUUUCUCCUCAAGAACCGGUUUGAUUUUGGGAAGGUGUUUACAUCUGGUGUUCCGUAUCUAUCUCAGAGAGAGGAGGCAAUGGUCAGAGAAGAGUACAUGGAUCGUCAAGAGCGCAAUUCUACUAUUCCAGAUAUUUCGAUUUCACCGUAUGAUAUGGCUGCUGCUGCUUUCUACCGCGAUGCCAGAAAUACAAUCAAGACAUGGGCAGACAACCCAAAGGCUGAGAAUGACUUUGUCAAUAUUAGCAGCGAAGAUGGACCAUUGAACGCAUAUCAGCGUAGGCUAAUUCACCAAUUGGUCCGCAACGAUUUCCCCGACCUGCGUACCUUUGCUAGAAAUGAACAAUCUUUCAUGCAAGUUGUCAAAGUGGACAUGUUAAGAGAGUCCGAGCAUCAGAAGAGAAAAAUGGUAUCUUUUGAUUCGGCAAUCGCCAAACAAACAGGCUUACGUUGGGUCUUCGAGGCCUUGACUGGUGGUGACCUGUCGGGAAUUGAUCCGAGAUGGUUCUACGCCGAGGGCAAUGAGAAGCCAGAGCACCAGCUUAGUUCAAUCACCCGCGAACUUAGGCAGGUGACCGAAACACUGCGAAACAAAACCCACAUCAUUGUCGGCCACAAUAUGUUUACCGAUCUUGGCUUUAUCUACAACACCUUCAUUAGCAGCUUACCUGCAAAAGUCUGCCACUUCCAAGAAUGUAUCCAUGGCCUGUUCCCGGUUGUCAUCGAUACUAAGUACCUGGCGACCCAUGGGAACGAUUCCAUGAACCCGAGAACAGGCCUGAAAGAUACCUUGGAGCCCUUCAAAAAGGUCCAUAUUCCCCUCAUUUGUCUUCAUGAAAAGCACACUGCUUAUGGUACGGCCUUCGGAAAAGAGCACGAGGCUGGUUUUGAUAGCUGGAUGACUGCAGAACUCUUUGUGAAGCUUGCUGCAAAACUCCAUGCUGAGCAGCAAGGUCUAGUCGCUGACCCCGAAUCCGAUGAUUCCAGUUUGAACGACAAGCCGACCUCGGACAAUGAAGGCGGCGGCGUCCCAUUGAACUACCCCGACACUGACGGUCGCAGUGACUCUGAUAUUCCUCCCGAGUGGUAUGCCCAAAGGCUGAACCGCUCGUCCAUAGUAGUUGAAGGACCUGACCAAGGCAGCGAUAAGAACCAUGAGCCAACUCCGGCAUUAUUCAUUCCAUCAAUGUCAAACAAGUUCUGGAGGGCUUACAUCAACAAGCUCAGAGUCACUGCUGUGGAAGGUGGGGUUUGCGAUUUGAACAAAGGCGAUUACUGA